UACCGCAUGUUUGAGUAUUUGUUUCAAAAUAGUGCCUGCAUUCUCUUGAAGGUGAAGUAGUUGCAGUCCUAAAGCGCAACGAAUCGUAACAGUGGCGGCUGAACGUGUAAUAAUUACACGAGUAAUGUGAGUGUGACGGAAGACAAGCAUAAAUUCGACCUUGUGGCGUACAGGCAACGACCUUGGCGGCCUGUCACAUCCUGUGCGGUCGCUUCACGGCAUUGUCUGAUUGAAAAUAGGACUGCCGCCGUGACACGCCUACCCGUUGGCGAUCAGCGGUCUCGAGCAGUGCAUACACCUCCGGCUCGGGGAGCAUUGUCGUCUUUACCGGACGGCCGUGCAGAGCCGAUAACGUUGCUACACUUAGCGUGGGCACACACUCCUUUCUUGCUCGCGAACCGCCGAUGCCAUGAGCACGCUUAACAUUUCCACUGGCCUGACAGCCGCUGCCGGUUGUUCGCCUAUGAGAUUCGACUCUGCCGCCUACGAGCAAGAGAGCGGCGACACCGGAAAGGUGACCGAUGAGGCAUACGUCACCCUGGCCACGGAUGACACCUACUCGCUGGGUGCCCUUGUGUUGGCUCACUCCCUCAAGAGGGUGCACACCUCCCGUCAGCUGGUCAUCCUCAUCACCAGCACAGUCACACCACAGAUGAGGUCACUGCUGGCUCAGUCUUUCGACGUUGUAGAGGAGGUGAACCUGUUGGACAGCAGAGAUCCUGCCAAUCUUGCCCUGCUCAAUCGGCCAGAACUGGGUGUCACAUUCACCAAGCUGCACUGUUGGCGGCUGGUGCAGUUCAAGAAAUGUGUCUUUAUGGAUUCGGACACUUUGGUUCUCCAAAACUGCGAUGAGCUGUUUUCCAAAGAGGAGAUCUCUGCUGUCCCAGAUGUUGGCUGGCCCGACUGCUUCAACUCUGGUGUUUUUGUUUUUGUCCCCUCGGAGACCACGUACAAUGCCCUCAUCCAGUUUGCUGGGGAACAUGGCAGCUUUGAUGGUGGGGAUCAAGGCCUGCUGAAUCUGUACUUUCAUGACUGGGCAACAAAGGACAUCACCAAACAUCUUUCCUUUAUUUAUAACAUGAACUCAAAUGUGUCCUACACCUACUUGCCUGCAUACAAACAGUUUGGCAAGGAUGUGAAGAUUGUCCACUUCCUCGGCCCUGUGAAGCCAUGGCACCACACGUUCAACCUUCUGACGGGCCAGGUGCAGCCACAAGGCAGCAGCCAGCACAUGUUUGACCAUCUGCAGUUCUGGUGGGAGCUCUUCAUGACGAACGUCCAACCCAAGCUGUUCCCAGAAUGCGCUGGCCUUGCUGGCGAGAUGUCCAAGCUGACAAUCAAGACUGCAGAAGAGUUGCGGCACAUUCACGCUGACCAGGCUGUCUACGGAGGCUCGGAGGCACGCCAGUAUGCCUGGGAGCGGGGCCAGAUUGACUACAUGGGCGAGGAUGCAUUUGCAAACAUCCAGAAAAAGCUGGACUCUGCCAUGACAGCAGCAGAACCCACCAUUGCCGAGGGGGCUCACCAGGAAAAGAAGGCUGGUGACAAGCAGGCAUCGGGCACCAAAACACCGCCAUCUUCUAAAUCUAAGAAGCAGUCGAAGAAGUGAACACGCUGCAUCUGUCUAAAUUAUAAAGCGGGGGCAAACUUAAACUGAAAAGAGGCACGAGGCGUCAGUAUUUUUCCUGGUGUGCAAUAUUGCUGCAUGCGCUGUUAAGCUCAUUGAUGGCCUUUAAACAUCGUCUUUUUUCACAUAGUGUAGUUAUGUUUACGUUUGUCUGGACUCUGCUUUCUUUUUUUUUUUAAUGCCAAACCACUUGUGACUAAUCUUCUCAUUUUUUUGAGCUCCAAAGGAGCACUUUUUUGUUUUUAUGUAUUUAAUGCAAAGGCCCUUAUUUUUUCCUUAGUACACCACCAGAAUCUGUUGCCAUAGAGGUUGUUGCUGUGUACAGGCGAUUUUUGCUACUCACACAUGUAUAGUUUUUUACAAAUUUGAGGUUUUUUUCUCACGGAGCUGGCCUUUUGAGCCCAGGUCAACGUGCACUUUUUGCAGCUGGCACCUUUAUGGCUGACUUUACUAUUGCUUCCUUUUAGGCUGUUGAAAUGUGGCAAAAUGGAAAUAUAUAUUAUACUCAUGUUCUACAA